AAGCAAUGGCUGUCUCGCGCACGUGCUUCUGUUUCUGGUAACCAUAGAAACUGACCAGUGCGGACUCAGCAGUCUGCUGCUGUGAUUUAAUUUUUAUCUGUGGAAAUGUAUAACUAUAUUUACAUGAAUGUGGAUUCACAAACUUACUAAUGAAAUCGUCAAGAAAGCGGGAGAAACCUAAGCAGCAACUGGCUGCCUAUGUGUCUUGGGUUAAUGCACAGCUGAGAAAGAAGCCUGAACUGAAACCUGUGAGUGAUCUACGACAGGAUCUCAGAGAUGGUGUGAUUCUAGCACACCUCAUUGAGAUAGUGGCUGGCGAGCUGCUGGAUGGCAUUCAUUAUGUGCCACAUGACGACCAGGAGAAGAAGCAGAAUGUGGAAAGGGUUCUGCAGUUUGUGUCUUCCAAACGGAUCAGAAUGCCUCAAACGUCUGCCAGGGACAUUGUGGAAGGAAACCUCAAAUCCGCCAUGAGGCUCAUCCUCGCUCUAGCUGCACAUUUUAAACCCUCCGCAUCAGCCAGUCACAGAGCUGGAGCUGGCGUAGGGAGGAGUUCCACUGGCUCCUCGGCCAAUCACAGACCGCAUUCCACCAUGGCCAUGGCCCAGAAUGCAGCAGCAGCACUAGCAGCAGCCAGGCAGGAUGCCUCUCGCCCUGGCCGCUCUGUUUUUCAUCUAAGGCAAGAAUGGAGUCGUUGCUGCAGUGCGGAGGAGGACAGUGAGAAUUCCUGCAGGAGUGUCCGAGCAUUGGUUCAGCAGUAUGAGGGGCAGAAAGGGACAUUUGAAGAGGAGACAGGUGCAAGAUCUACUGGCCUCAGUUCACCGAGCCCCACCCACACUCCCGAAGACUCUAUCAGCCAAUCAGACGUGAAGGCAGGACUGUUAGACACCUUUUCCAGGGAGAAAACUCUUAAGUCAGAGGCCACCGUGAAAUUGUCCCUGGUUGAUCAGGCCAUUGUCUCGGGGCAUGAUGGUCUAGCUGGUGGCUGCACUUGGGAGGACAAACUGUGUGAGCAGCAGGAGCAGCUGGAGAAGGAGAUGCAGGAUGCACGGAAAAUGGUGUCUAGCCUACAGGCCCUCCUUCUCCACGGUUCAUUACCUGAGGAUGAGCAGGAGUCGUCGCUCAGUCUGGGUGAGGGAGUUGAAAAUGCAGAGCAGCAACUGGUUGUAAUACGAAGUCGCCUGGACCAGAGCAUGGAGGAGAGUCAAGAACUAAAGAGGGAGCUGUUGAGGUUCAAACAGGAGGCUCGCAACUUGCAGGGAGUGAAAGAUGCUCUUCAGCAGCGAAUGGCUGUGCAGGAGUCCUCAGUCCUGCAGCUCAAACAGGAACUCCUGCGCACCAGUAUGGCCAAAGAUGAGCUGGCGGGACAAAGUGCUGAGCUACAGAGGAAGCUAGAGGAGAGGAACAGACUUCUCAGCGAAUAUAAGAAAGAACUGGGCCAAAAGGAUCGACUUCUGCAGCAGCAGCAGCUGAAGGUGGACGAGGCCCUGCGCAAGCUGACAGACAGCAGCAGCCAGCAGGCUUGCCUGCAGAGGGAGCUGGAACACAAGGAAAGUAUUCUCAAGGAGUUAAUGAGCCAUGUGACAGAGGAGCUUCCUGGCUCGCAAAACAAUGGCUACUCACACCCACCCAUCACAACAUCAAAACAACACUGUGGGGCGGAGGAGCUGCAGUUAGUAAGAGAUGCUCUGCAUAGUCUGAGGAACAGCUUUGGAGGUCACGACCCUCAGCAUCACACUCUGGACACCCUCGAGCAAGGUGUGGCCAGCCUGAUGGAUCGCCUCUAUGACCUGGAAGCUCGCCACAAGCAGGAGAAGAGGACCCGAGGCAAAUCUCCAGGACAUAAAGCAUCUCAUUCAGAUCGAGACUCCUGGACUCCUACUUCAAAAAUGGCUCAUUCUCAGAGCAGCCCUGCGUUAAACUCUUCAGCUUGCACCAAAGUCCUGUACUUCACUGACCGUUCCCUCACGCCAUUCAUGAUCAACAUCCCCAAGAGGCUUGGGGAGGUCACCCUGCGAGAUUUCAAGUCUGCAGUAGAUCGGGAAGGCAAUUAUCGGUACCAUUUUAAAGCCCUGGAUCCAGAGUUCGGCACCGUGAAGGAAGAGGUGUUCCAGGAUGAUGCAGUGGUGCCUGGCUGGGAAGGGAAGAUCGUAGCCUGGGUAGAAGAGGAUCAUGGUCAAAGAGGGACCUAACACAAGUCAGCAAGAAGCUGUCAAAGGAAAGAGAGACAUCUGUGCCAAAAUAGAAUAACAUAGAUUUGUAACUCAAGUGUACAGAGGGUGGAGCUUUGGUGCCCUAAAAAGUCCCACCCACCUUUACUCUAUCCUGCAUGAGCUGAAAGGACAUGGAGAAUCAUCACAAGGAUCACCAGAUGGAGAGAGUACCAUCUUCUGUCUUGCCCAGACCAGUAUUUCUCAAACAUAUCUAUGCAGAGGAUGGGAGAAGAGGAUUUCUGAUCUCUUUUAGAGGUCUAGCCAUAGAACUGACAGCCGUUCCAGCAAAGGCUUUAUGAGCAGGCAAACUCUUCACUGUGACGGAGGAGCCUUUUGUUUGUUACUGAAAUUAGAUGCUGGAUUUUUCAGUUCGCCUGCUUUAAAGUAGGAUCUGUCAGAGUACUUUUUUGUUGAUUUUGAUGAACCAAAAUUGAAAUAAUUUUGCAGUGAAUAGAGACAAGAUAUGUAAUCUUGACUGUCAAGAGUAUUCGUAUAAAAAAUAGUGUAGAAAUGUAGUUAUGAAUCUUAAGAAAGCUGCAACUAUGUGAGUAUAGAGCAGAAAGGAGUUUGGAGUUUUUUAUCUUCGAGAAAGAGUUUCUCUAACACAUAUAUUAGACAAAUUCUUUCUGCAAAGGACCCAAGUGUUUUUCUUGUUUGAUAUAAGAUCAUACAAUGUCAUUCAAUAUGUAUCUUGAUCAGAUUUAAUAAUGAAUAUUUGUCUGUAUGCCAUAAAUGUGGUGAAAUUACAGCUCGUGGUUUGGCCCAUAGCACAACAUAAAAUGUAGUAUACAGUAGAUACAUUGCAACAUCACUGCAGGCUUUCAAGUGUAAUUUUGGUAACUAUCAGAUGUGCCAUUCAGCUGCAGUGAUUUGAGUUUACAGGAAAGUGCCUGGAAUCUGUUACAAAAGAGAGGUGACCAGGUUUGCCUUUUGUAUUUUUUUUUUUUUCUGUUUUAUAUUUAUGUAAAUAUGUUCAUAUUUCAGAGAAAGAGUGAGGCAUAGUGCCUUUACACUGUAUAAAUGAUGUCCUAUAAAUACUGAAUAAUAUUUAAAAUAUAUGAAAAUGGGCCCUUUGUAUCCUAAAAAGGCACAUAAUAACUCAUCAGAGAAGCCUAUAGCUAAGCAGAACCAUGUUUGUUCACAAUGGAUGGUGAUACAAGUGACAGUCUGCCAUGACUGAAUUUCUGCUUUACCCUCCUGAUUACUGCUGGUUGCCUUGCUGGUUGAAGAAGAAUUAUAUUUGGUUCGCAAAUAAACAGUUUGAACCAGUA